UGAAAGCAGAAUUUUCUCAUCAAAGGAUCAUGAUCAUCUAUCGUGUUACCCUUUUUUUUCUUUUUUACUAUAAUUUAGAUUAGAAAUUUCAGUUAUUUUAUUUUAUGUAUCUGAAGAUGCACCUUCCUAAAUGUCUUUGUAUGUCAGUACUGCUGAUGAUCGCGGAUGGAUUUGUUGUGCAAAGCCCCUCUGGUCCCCUGGUUGUUCCUCUGGGAGGUUCAGUGGUUCUACCCUGUUCUGUUGAUACACUCUUACCAGUGGAAGGUCUGGAGGUCGAAUGGAAAAGAGACUCAGGGACUCUGGUGCAUCUGUUUCAAGAUGGUGAGAGUAGACCAGAGUCUCAGCACCAGGAUUAUUAUGAUAGAGCUCAUUUCUUUACUGAGGAGAUUCAACACGGAAACUUCUCCCUCCUGUUGAACAAUGUGAGAGCUGAGGAUAAGGGAGAAUACAGAUGUAAAGUUUACUCUGACCAGGAUUCUGAUGAAAAUGUGGUUGAAAUAAAAUAUGUUGAGCGCUUGAUAGUAUCAGGAUCAAAUCACUCCAUAUCUCCAUAUGAGGGUGAGGACGUCACUUUGAGCUGCUCUGUGGACUCUCACAUCCCACCUGAAGAGAUUGAAGAGGUUUCAUGGAAGAAAAUAGAUAAAGAUGGUGAAAUUCUGGUUCUGCUCUUUCACUAUAACGAAAUUAUAACAGAGUCAACACCUGAUCAAUACAAAGACAGAGCUGAGUUCUUUGCUGAUGAAAUCCCCAAAGCAAACUUCUCUCUCAGACUGAAGAGUGUCAGAAACGCGGACAAAGGAGUUUACAUGUGUCUAGUGUUCGCUGGAGAUUUUUCAGCCAACACAACUAUGGAGGUAAAAAUAAGUCUCUCCACUUUACACAUAGUGGUGUUGUUGCUGUGUGGUCUUGCCUUUGGAUCUGCAUCUCUGCUGGGCUGCCUAGUUUGGCGUAAAUUUAAUUCAGAAGAUUUUCAUGCCAUCACAUACUGCCUUGACAGUUUAAUCUAG